UGGCGCAGGGUAAACUGGGAAAGUGGUGUCGUGUGCUGGCUCCGCCCUUUUCCCGAGGGUGGGGGAGGACCAUAUAUAAGUGCCGUAGGCCCCGUGAACGUUCUUUUUCGCAACGGGUUUGCCGCCAGGAUACAGGUGUCGUGAAAACCACCAUUAAACCUAAGCAAAAAUGGGAAAGGAGAAGACGCACAUCAACAUCGUUGUCAUUGGACACGUAGAUUCGGGGAAGUCCACCACUACUGGCCAUCUGAUCUACAAAUGUGGUGGGAUCGACAAGAGAACCAUUGAAAAGUUUGAGAAGGAGGCUGCCGAGAUGGGGAAGGGCUCCUUUAAGUAUGCCUGGGUCUUGGACAAACUGAAAGCUGAACGUGAGCGUGGUAUCACCAUUGAUAUAUCCCUAUGGAAAUUCGAGACCAGCAAGUACUAUGUGACCAUCAUUGAUGCCCCAGGACACAGAGACUUCAUCAAAAACAUGAUUACAGGCACAUCCCAGGCUGACUGUGCUGUCCUGAUUGUUGCUGCUGGUGUUGGUGAAUUUGAAGCAGGUAUUUCCAAGAAUGGGCAGACCCGUGAGCAUGCCCUUCUGGCCUACACUCUGGGUGUGAAACAACUAAUUGUUGGAGUUAACAAAAUGGAUUCCACCGAGCCACCAUACAGCCAGAAGAGAUACGAGGAAAUUGUAAAGGAAGUCAGCACCUACAUUAAGAAAAUUGGCUACAACCCAGACACGGUAGCAUUUGUGCCAAUUUCUGGCUGGAAUGGCGACAACAUGCUGGAGCCAAGUGCUAACAUGCCAUGGUUCAAGGGAUGGAAAGUCACUCGUAAAGAUGGCAAUGCCAGUGGAACCACACUGCUUGAAGCUCUGGAUUGCAUCCUGCCACCAACUCGCCCAACUGACAAACCCUUGCGUUUGCCCCUUCAGGACGUCUACAAAAUUGGUGGUAUUGGCACUGUCCCUGUGGGUCGAGUGGAGACUGGUGUUCUCAAACCUGGCAUGGUGGUCACCUUUGCUCCAGUCAAUGUGACAACUGAAGUGAAGUCUGUUGAAAUGCAUCAUGAAGCUUUGAGUGAAGCCCUUCCUGGGGACAAUGUGGGCUUCAAUGUCAAGAACGUGUCUGUCAAAGAUGUUCGUCGUGGCAAUGUAGCUGGUGACAGCAAAAAUGACCCACCGAUGGAAGCAGCUGGCUUCACAGCUCAGGUGAUUAUCUUGAACCAUCCAGGCCAAAUCAGUGCUGGCUAUGCACCUGUGCUGGAUUGUCACACGGCUCACAUUGCCUGCAAGUUUGCUGAGCUGAAGGAGAAGAUUGAUCGUCGUUCUGGGAAAAAGCUGGAAGAUGGCCCCAAAUUCUUGAAAUCUGGUGAUGCAGCCAUCGUUGAUAUGGUUCCUGGCAAACCCAUGUGUGUUGAGAGCUUCUCUGACUAUCCUCCUCUGGGCCGCUUUGCUGUUCGUGACAUGAGACAGACGGUUGCUGUGGGUGUCAUCAAAGCAGUGGACAAGAAGGCAGCUGGAGCUGGCAAGGUCACCAAGUCUGCCCAGAAAGCUCAGAGGGCUAAAUGAAUAUUAUCCCCAAUACCUGCCACCCCGGUCUUAAUCAGUGGUGGAAGAACGGUCUCAGAACUGUUUGUCUCAAUUGGCCAUUUAAGUUUAAUAGCAAAAGACUGGUUAAUGAUAACAAUGCAUCGUAAAACCUUCAGAAGGAAAGGAGAAUGUGUUGUGGACCAUUUGUUUUGUGUGUGGCAGUUUUAAGUUAUUAGUUUUUAAAAUCAGUACUUUUUAAUGGAAACAACUUGACCAAAAAUCUGUCACAGAAUUUGAGACCCAUUAAAAAAGUUCAAUGAGAAGCCUGUGUUUUCUUUUGGUCAACACUGUAACUUCCUAUAGUACUAACUGCUUAGGUAAGAGUUGUCCAUAAUCUAUUUCUGGUAUUAAGUCUGCUGAAAAAAUGAAUUUUAUAUUUAUGGGUUGGAGCUUCAGGUUUCUUACCCUUGUGUAAGGAGAAUUCACCUGUUGAAGUAAGUCAUAGAAACGCGUUGGUACAACACAGGAUAAGCAAAGUAACUGUUCCAUAAGCUAGUUUGUAAGAAGGUCAAAUUCUAUAAUAUGAAAGCUCAUGUUGCGUAUAAAAUUUUGUAUGGUUACGUAAGUAUUGAGUAAAUGAGUUACAUCAAACUUAAGUUCCCAGUUAUGGGAAAGUGCAUUCACAUUUACAAUAUUCAAGUAAUUAACCUAAAAUGGGAAGCCUAAGUAGUAUUGAGCACUGCCCUGCUAGAGUUAUUGUAUCCAGAUUCUAGGAAAAAAUAAAAUGUUGGAAGCUAAGUGUGUUUCCUGUCACUUAAAUAGAAAUUCACUUUCUAUAGGAAUUUUCAUCUAAUGAGCAAGGUUGGGUAAAGAGAAGAACAUUGCCACCCGGGAGAUUAAAACAGUUUAAAGAGGUAUGAUCGUAAAUACUAAGGUCCAUUUGGGACUGAGUGUAGGCGAAGCUUAAAUUCUAGUUUGGAAAUGUUUUAUGAAGUUCCAUUUUAAAAAGUACUUACUGGAAAGGAACAUUGGAAGAUUAUAAUUUGAAAGUUGCUGAAAUUUGACAUUUGGGCAGGGUGAAAAUAGCUCUUAACUAUAAUAAUUUGGUAACCUGUAAAUUGCAAGGGACUGGUCACGAAGGGGAAAAACUAGGUGGUCGCAGUUAAUAGUCAUUGAUCUAGGGUAUAACUGACAACUGUCUGAUGUAAAUACCUGGUUUUGAUAUUUGGUGAAUCUAAACACUUGUGCAUUUGAGGAAACAGUCUAAUUCUGUGUUUGAUAUCUUUGCUUUUAGGAUAUGAAAGAGAAAUUAAGGUAGCUGGAACUGGUGAAAUCACCAGAUACAUAAUCCUACAGGCUUUGUUGGCUAAUAGAAAGCAUCCUGUAGGGUGUACACAGGUGAACUAACUGCAAUUGGAGCAUUUUUUUCUUUUUGAAUUUUCCUGGGUAAAAUGCUUUCUCACUUAUACAUGAGGCCCUUGGUAAGGGCUCUAAAUGAUUAAAAGAUUUUGUCCCCAGCUUGCCCCUUAAUGUUUUGACAAGUAAUAGUGUUUACUAUGAAGAUCAGAGGCAAGAAUAGGAUUUUUAAGCAUUGCUGGCUAGUAUAAAUGGUAGCUGAUAGACGCAAAUCUCACAGCUGUAGGAUUUACCAAGGGAUUUGACUUCCCCACAAUGAAGGUUUCACUGCAGAAAAUUGCUUUUCAUUAAACGGAAGAGUAGGAAUGGGAGAGUAGGGCAGUUUGCAUACUACAUGGAUUCUAGUCUGUAUGUAAUUUCUUUGAGCACCACCUACUGGUAACUACAGUUUGAAACUUGGGAUUUCUAGGUUCUGGAUGAAGGAGUGUUUUGCUCACUUGAAUUUUUUCCACUAAUUGCCUUUCCAUGUAUAUGAGCUGAUUAACCAGCAGAUUUAUAAAACAAACUGGUGCUUGACCUUAAACCACAUUUUAUUUUUUUAAAUAUUUGGCUGCUCUGGGUCUUAGUUGGGGCAUGCAGGAUCUUCAGUUGCUGCAUGCAGGACCUUUGGUUGUGGCACGUUGCGCCUCCUACGCUGGGAGCGCAUGAGUCUCAACCACUGGACCACCAGAGAAGUCCCUAAACCACAUUCUACAUUGGCCAGCUGUUGAAAUAACAAGUGUAAGGACUCUCAGAUGGAAUCUUGUUGAAAUUUGUUGCCAGGAAUUCUGGUGUGAUUUCAGAAUAUGAAAAGUGAGAAAGGCAUUUUGGUUCAGGAGUUUAACAGAUUGCCAGUAAUGUGUAUCUCAUUUUCAAAAAAGUAUUGUGAAUACUCACCCUUUAUUCCCAGAAUAGUCUAGAAUAAGUGAGUUUUGGCUAGAUCAGAACUCAAUAAUUUUAUGCUUAUAAUUCUCCUACAGUUAAUUAUUGAUAAUUUAUCUCAAAUCUCAGAUGCAUCAAGAGCUCAGCUAUCUGGAUGACACAACUUACUCUGAACUAAUUAAUCUGUUUCAGUGUGGUAAUUUCAAAAUGUUUUAACUGGAGACUGAUGUGUAAAUAUUCCCGUGGCCCUCAAAACAACUGAAAUCACCUUAGUUUUUUGAAUAUUUGUUUUAAAUGUUCUUUUUUAGACAAAAGUGUAAAUUGACUACGCCUUACAAAUCUUGUUGGAAAGUGUCAAUAAUAAAUUGCCAAAUUAGGAGAGUGACUUUGAGGUCUGAUGUUAGAUGCAGUUUCUGAAGAUGCAGCUUUUUCAAGAGCAAGAGCAAUUCAUCUGGUUAUUUGAGUUCUGUCUGAUGUGCCCAACAAAGGCUAACUGCCUAAGUGGUGAAGAGUUCUUGAUUUUCAGUAAUUUGCAGAAUGUGGUGUAAAAAUCUUGAAUAUUAUCAGGACAGGACUAUGGGUUUUCUUUUUAUUAAAAUGUAUUUACCUUAGUUAACUUUUCCGCUGAGUUGAGCACUGAGCUCAAGAAGAAGCUGUUCCUGGCUGUAUAUUCACAGUUCCUGAAAUGGGCAACUGUAGAAAAGGGGUGACAACUAAUUUCUUGUGUGUCAAGAUGCACUUUCAUGUUAUUCAUUGAUAGAUGAUGCUUGUCAUUGUGAAAUGCUGCAGAAAUAAGUAUAGUAGAGAAUUAAAGUUACAUUACAGUUAGGAACUGUGUCUUGAAGGGAGUGAACAGCAUGAGUGCUCAAUCCUGUGAUUGGGGGAGAACAUGCACUUUCAUGAGACAGAGGGAAGAAUAAGAUGUAUUUUCCUUUUUUUUUUUUUUAACCUUCCUGAAAUUUUCUUUUCCUGAUCUGGUUUUACAUUUCAUGACUUGUGUUCUUUUUUCACUUCAUCGGAGUCCUCUGUUAUUUGCCAGCCUCUGGGAACUUCCAUGACUAGUUAAGACUACAAUUGAAGUUUGACAUUGCUUGCUCAAUUGAUAGUGAUUUAGAAAAAAGAAAACUUCGUUAGGAAAUUGCUACAUGGCUCCUGAAAGAUCACUGACCUCUGAUCCAGUGGAAACCUUGAAAAGGUCAUAUGGCUUUGUCCUUUUCUAAAUAGAAGGUUAUGCUGUAGUCCUGCAGUCAUCAGAAAUGAGUGAAAUAAGUAGUGAAAUUAUCAUUUACCUUGGACAGCCCUCAGCAGGCCCGUGUAUCUCUCAAGCAUUUAGAGCUCAGUUUGUGGUCUCCGUGGGAAAAACAUGACGACAAAGAUACUGUUAAAUUAAUGUUACAAUAAUUACAAGUAAGCAAGAGUAUUAGAAAACUGUUAAUGUCACAACAAUUACAAGUAAGCAAAGAGUUAUUAGGAAACUUAGUAAGCAAGAGAUUUAGAAGUUUUCCCCAUUUUUUAAUUGAGGUAACAACACUAAAAUUCACCCUUUUAAAGUAUGUAGUUCUGCAAGUUUUGAUAAAUGCAGUUCACAAUCAAGGUAUAUAGAGUACUUCCAUCACCCCUCCCCUUCCCUGAAAUUCCUCUGUGCCCCUUUGUAGUCAGCCCCUCUUCUCUUCCUCUAACCCUUGGUAACCACUGACAUAUUCUGUGCCUAUAAUUUUGUUUUGCAGCCAUGUCACAUACCGGGAUUCAUACAGUAUGUAGCCUUUUGAGUGGUUUCCAUCAUUUAGCAUGAUGCAUUUGAGAUUAAUCUGUUUGGCAUAUAUCAGUAAUCUGUUCCUUUUUAAUGACUGUAAAUUUGUUUACAGCUGAGGGAUGUUGGUUGUUUCCAGUUUUGGAUUAAUUACGAAUAAACUGCUAUAAAUAUGCACAUA